AUCAAACCCUAAACCCCUUCGCUCUCUUGUCGCACCGCCGCCAUGUCGCCGCAGCCGCCACACCCGGUGUCCCGUGAGACGGUGGCCGGCGCCGUCGCCUCCUUGACCAAGUGGAUGAAGAAGCGCACCGCGGAGGCGCCCCCCAACCUUCUCGCCGACGAGCGCGACGACCUCGUCGUCCUCCAGCUCUCCCUCCGCCGCAUCCCCGCCUCGCCCACCACCAGGCCGCGCCUCCUCCCGCUCCCACACCCCGUCGUCGGGCACGAUGGCGCCUCCGUCUGCGUCAUCUCCGACGACCGCCCCAACUCGCGGUCUCCGCCCGCCUCCGACCUCCUCGAUGCGUCCAAGUCGCUCCACCGCCUCCCCGUCUCCGAGGUCAUCCCGCUCUCCACGCUCCGCACGGACUACCGCCCGUACGAGUCGCGCCGCCGCCUCGCCGCCUCCCACGACCUCUUCAUCGCCGACCGCGCCAUCCUCCCGCUGCUGCCGCGCGUCCUCGGGAAGGCGUUCUACUCAACCAAGAAGGCUCCUAUUGGAGUUGAUUUCACCCGCGUUGGGUGGCCGGAGCAGGUCCGCAAGGUGCUGGGCUCCGCUUUUCUGUACCUGCGGUCGGGGACCUGCUCGGGAAUCAAAGUUGGGAGGCUGGACAUGGAGGAAGAGGAGAUCGUGGAGAAUGUGAUGGCCGCGGUGGAGGCGGCUGUGGAAAAGGUGCCAAAGAAGUGGGCCAACGUUAGGGCGCUGCAUCUGAAGGCUGUGGAUUCAGUUGCCCUGCCAAUUUACCAGGUUGUGCCAGAGUUGGGUAUGAAGAUUGAGGUGCCUGAGGAAGUUGAAUCUGGGGUGAUCAUUGAUGCUGCGGAAUUGGAGACUAAGGGGAAGAAGACUGACAAGAAGAAGAAGGCAAUGAUGUACCCUAAUGCCAAUGAUGAUGAGGGAGUUGCCAGUGAGAGUGGCAAGAGGAAGAGGAAUAAGAAGGAGCAGAUUAAGGAUGUUGAGAUGCAGGAAGAAGUUCAGGCGGAGACAGAGAAAAAGAAGUGGAGGAAGAGUAUUGUGGUUUCUGUUGGUGAGGGCCAGAAGGUUGGCAAGAAGGGUAAAGACAAGGGCAAGCGUGAUUUGGAAAAUGAGGUGGAAGAACCCAGUAUGGACAAUAAGAAGAAGAGUAAGAAGAGGAAGAUUGAAGAGGGGAAGAAAAAGAAGAAGAACAUGAAGGGUGAUGGUGAAGUCUCAGCAGAUAAAAGCCAGGAAGAUAAGAAGAGCAGGGGGGAGAAAUCUGAUGGCAAGAUCAAGAAGACAAAGAGCAGGGUAAGAGUAUAAGGUUACAGUCGAUAUUAGUGCUGGAGAUGCCUGUUCUGAAUUGAGGCCAGCUGCAGAUUCAAAGAAUCGAUGAACUGGGUUAGUUGUAAUCAUCCUGAAGAAUCAUCUUUUGUCCAGGUUCCAUGCUGUAUGGGGAGCCUUACUUAACUUGAGAAGACCGCCUAUCAGUUUUACCACGGAAUGCUAUACAUUUGGUCCCACAGGGGUUUCUUCUGAAGUUUCAUCUUCAGGUUUUGCUAGCUUAGUAGCUCAAGCCUUUGGGUUAAUAAUAGUGUGGUGAAACUGUUUCUUGCUAAGACUAUGUACUCCUUUCGAAUCGUAACAAUUUUGUGUCCAUCUGAGGAUAUACUUGUGUUGCCCUGGCUUCUUUGAA